AUGCGAAGAACAGUCGACCAGUGUCCUGCCAAGAUUGUCUUAACACCAUCAGGGUGUCCCUUGACUGCUCUCGAGUACGCUGACGAUGUUGUUAUAUUCUCGGAAAACAGUACGAAACUUCAACAUGUUGUCAACCUUGUAUCGAAGCUGGCUGCAGCCUAUGGACUACAUCUACGCCGUGAUAAAUGCAAGCAGAUGUGGAUCUCUUCGAGGCCUCGAACGGGAAUCAGGGUGAACGGACAACCGAUAGAUCUUGUCGAUGAGUUCUGUUACCAGGGCUGUACGCUGAAGAGCAGCGGCAGCUACCAGAGUGAGAUGUUCAGCAAAGAUGCGCUAAGGCCACUUCUGCAUUUAACUCCUUAA